CGCCAACAAAGACACAGUAGGUUCAAUCUGUACUCCAUCCACGCCACCUUUAUACCGACAGCUUUGUGUCUGCCUGUCCGUCUCUAGUGUCCUCCUGAAAGCAUGCCAGAGGAAACAUCCGCCGCGUCCAGCUCCGGGAGUAUGGAGGAAAAGCCGUGCUCCUCUUCAGCAGCUGCAGCAGACAGCUCUGUUGAUGUCAUGGAGGAGGCAAAGAAACUGAUAGGCACAGGAAACAGGCAUCUAGUGAUGGGAGAUGUUGUUUCUGCUGUCAGUGUCUUCCAGGACGCCUGCGGCAUGUUGGCUGAAAGGUAUGGUGACACUGCAGAUGAGUGUGGUGAGGCCCUUUUCCUGUGUGGGAAGUCCCUGCUGGAGCUUGCCAGGAUGGAGAACACUGUCCUCGGUAAUGCCCUGGAGGGAGUCCCAGAGGAAUCUGAGGAAGAGGAGCAACCUAACAACCCAAAUAUUGAAAGUGCCAACAACCUCGAUGAUGAUGAUGACGAUGAUGAUGAUGAUGAUGACGACGAGGAUGGAGAGGCAAAUGGUGAUAAGGAAGAUGAAGAAGUUGGAAACUUGCAGUUGGCCUGGGAGAUGCUGGAGGUAGCUAAAGUCAUCUAUAAAAGGAAGGAAGGCAAAGAUGACCAGCUAAUGGCAGCACAGGCAUAUCUGAAACUUGGAGAAGUCAGUGCUGAAUCAGGUAACUAUCCCCAGGCACUAGACGACUUCCAGGAAUGUCUCACCCUGCAACUGAAGCACCUGCCUGCUCACAGUCGUCUGCUGGCUGAGACUCACUACCAUGUCGCCACUACGCUGUGCUACAUGGAUCAGUACAGCCCGGCCAUCCAACACUACAACAGCUCCAUAAAGGUCAUCGAGACACGCCUGGUCAUGCUGCAGGAGGUGAUAGAUGCAGCAGAGGGUGCAGAUGGAGCAACAGAAGAGAAGAAAGAGAUAGAAGAACUGAAGCGGCUUCUGCCUGACAUCAAGGAAAAAGUGGAAGAUGCCAAGGAAAGCCAGAAAACAGCCAGCGCUGCCUCCCAUGCCAUCCAGCAGACACUAGGUGGUGCCUCAACUUCCUCAGCAUUCCUAUGUGAAAACGGUGGCCCGUCAUCAUCGUCAUCAUCUGCGUUUGCAACACCAUCUGCAUUUGCAACACCAUCAUCUGCAUUUGCAACAGUGAGCAAGAUCCCAGUUAAAACAUCUGACAGCGCCUCGUCUUCCAAAGCCGCGUCCGACAUCUCCCACCUCGUCAGGAAAAAGAGGAAACCAGAGGAGGAGAGCCCAGUAAAGGACACUGAAGCUAAGCAGGCGAAACAGGAAGCCACAGUUAAUGGCAGUGGGGACUCUAAUGCCAGCAACGGCAAUGGAGUCCAGGAGGAAAAAUCACAGGAGCCUGCCAACCAGUCAGCCUCUGUCGGGUCUUCGGCGUAAUGAUCCUCACGUCUUUCCUGAUCUUCGAAAACCAGCACAGCAUGCCUGUCGAGCCCCUCCACCUUUCAACACUUUUGAUUUUGUAAAUAAGAUCCAUUUUCAUAGAUUUGUCUGUCCAGUUUUGUAUACUUGUAGUACAAAAUAAUAAAGAAUUUGCAA